AAACCAAAAGAAGAAGUGCGUGACUUGUGACGCAAAAACGUAACCGGUGCGUGCUGUAUGCUAGCUGCGGAUAGCAUGAUAGCACGUUCAUGUAAACUUUGUGUGAAACAGCUGUCUGUAUUUGUUUUAUUGGAGAUAAAAGUGUCAGAUUGAUCGGCAUCAUGAGCACGCUGUGGAUGGGAAACCUGGAGCCUUAUAUGGAUGAGAAGUUCAUCAUCAGAGCGUUUGCCACCAUGGGUGAAACUGUAGUCAACGUACGCAUCAUCCGCCACAAGAUGACAGGGGGUGCUCUGGGGUACUGCUUUGUGGAGAUGACCGACGAGGGCACGGCCGAGAGGUGUCUGCGCAAGAUCAAUGGCAAGCCACUCCCCGGAGCAAACCCACCAACAAGGUUUAAGUUGAACAGAGCCACAUUUGGAAAGCAAGACAUUGGGCCCAUGUUCUCUUUGUUUGUGGGAGACCUGACACCAGAAGUGGAUGAUGGGAUGCUGUAUGAGUUCUUCUAUAACCGCUACCCCCAGUGCCGUGGAGGGAAGGUGGUGCUGGACCAUCUGGGAAACUCCAAGGGCUGUGGCUUUGUACAGUUCCCAGACGAGCGUCUGCAGAAGCGGGCGUUGGAUGAGUGUCAGGGGGCUGUGGGACUGGGAGGUAAACCUCUCAGACUCAGCCUCGCUGCUAACAAUUUAAAGAACAAACCCCAGACCACAUCCACCACCCAGAGCGACACCAAAACAUGGAGCAGCUCGGCCUACAGCCAGAGCUACGACCCCUAUGGCCAGUACAGCGCAUACGGCUACGGCUACCCCGCCUCUUCCUCCUGGAGCUACGACCAGAACGCCUUUGGAUACUACCCUGGAUAUGACUACUCACAGUAUGCCGCCAUGCAGGAGGGAGAGACAGGAGAGGAGGAGGCAGCUGUCCCAGAGGAUGAUGGAACUGAAGACCCAAACCCAGUGCUGGACAUAGCAGAGGAGAACAGGAAGUGCAUGGAGCAGAGUGAGGAGCUGUACGAUGCCCUGGUCCAGACACACUGGGCUCCUGAGGACUUCCAGCAGGAGCAGGACUAUCUGCUGUCCCUGGUGCCUGAGCCCAUCACAGCCUGAGCACACACAGCUCUAUGGACUGCAGGCAGAAGGAAGGGUAGUUUUGUAUUCAGUUGUAAAUAAAAAAUGUUUUUUUGUAAACCACAUGCUUAAAGUGCAUAUGACUGGUUAGACUAUAGUUUUCUUUAGUAUUUAGCCUCACAUGAGUCUCUCAUUUUGGUUUCCUGUCUCAAUGCUGAAAUUGAGUAUCUUUUUUAAACUAAGGGUAAAUGCUACAUACAGUUCCUUUUAAAAGCAGAUUUAAACUGUCUCAAAAAUGUGUUUUUUGUGUUCCUGCAUAAAUUGUGCAUUUUGGAUAGAAUUUUCUGUGUUAGCUUUUUUUUUUUUUUUUUUUUUUUUACUUCUCAACUUUUUUUCAACAAACUGCCACUUAACUCAUGUGAACUAUCAUAAAUAUUUAUCAUAGGUACCAUACCUGUGAUAUGUCAUAAUUAGAAAAACAUGAACCUGUCAUAUGCACUUUUAAAUAAUAUUUUGUUAAGUUUUGUUGCUAAACUAUAGAACAUUUGAUGAGCCUCUCCAUCAUAGAGCAUAUUUUUAAUCAAUGGAGAUGCUUCAGGUUGUAGAUUUAAAGGUUCUGUUUGAGUGUAAAUUUGUACACAAUUCAAAAUGGCUUCUACUCUAACUUGUACUAUUUUGCAUUCCCAAUGUGCUAAAAUGUAGAAAUACUUUGAUAUUAAUGUAUCAGCCAAUGUUUCUGAAAAUGACUCUACAUUAAAGGCACUGUACUUGAUUUUUACUG